AUGCUCUCAAUAAUGGGUAGGGGGGCCUCUUCUGGCCGCAUCAGCAAUGUUGUGGCCCUUCAAUAUUGUUUCAACUCGAACGAUGCUGUCGCAAAACCCGAACCCCGUGUCAGCGGACAAAUGGCCUCGUUUCGGAAGGGAACUGGCGGUCGUGCUUCGUUUUCCGGAAAUGUAGUCACCGUUUUUGGAGCCACGGGAUUUCUCGGUUUGCCUGUGAUCAACCGACUCGCUCGACAAGGGAAUCAAAUCAUCAUUCCUUACAGACAAGAUCCUUACUACAUCCGUGAGCAUAAAGUUGUCGGCGAACUCGGCCAAAUUCUCUUCUUUCCCUUUGAGCUGAAAGACGAAGAAUCAAUAAGAAAGGUUCUUAAAUACAGCAAUGUCGUCGUGAACCUUCUUGGCACUCGAGUCCCAACUAAGAAGUACGACUAUUAUGAAACGAAUGAAAGGGGAGUUCAGCGAAUCGCUCGAAUAGCUCGUGAAAUGGGUGUUGAGAGAUUCAUUCAUCUCUCCGCUCUUGGAGCUUCCCCAUCACCAGGACGAGGACAUAUUGUUUCUGAAAGUCACUUCUUGAAAUCAAAGGGUCUUGGCGAAGAAGCAGUGCGUCACGAGUUCCCAUCAGCGACAAUCAUCAGGCCUUCUGUGAUGUACGGUGAAAAUGAUGGUUUUAUCAGCUCUUAUGUUAGCAGAUGGCGAAAGACUCCACUUGACUUGGUGUAUCUCUACAAAUCCGGUGAACAAACGUAUAAAAUGCCAAUCUGGGUUGGUGAUGUGGCUUUGGGAGUGGAACGAGCUGUGAAUGAUCCGACAGCCGUUGGACAAACCUUUGAAUUUGUUGGACCACAUUGCUACAAACUUUCCGAAUUGAUCGAUUUCUUGUAUCGCAAAGCUCAUUGUCUUGAAAAUUUUGGUUUCAACUAUCGUCGUCACGGCUUUCCAGACCCAAUGUUCAUUUCUACCGUAUUACUCACCGAGCUCUGGGGAAAAUUUUUCAAAUCUAAAGUGCCCUUGAAUCGUGAAUGGAUGGAGUUCGUGGAGGGUCGAAGUGAUGUUUUGACUGGAGAGAAAACUUUAGCUGACUUGGGCGUUCGACGACUCACUGAAUUCGAAUAUUCUGGCGGCCAACUAGCCCAAUGGCGUUCAUUCUUCAAAUAUUACGAGGAGGAAUACGGAGACUUGGAGCCACCACCACUGCCGCUUAGAUCUCCACCACUCAUCAAGUCGAAAGUUAAAGGCGAUUUCACUUUUGGAUCGGCUUUUAGC